AUGGAGAACUACAAGAAGACCAAAAUUGUGGAGAAGCCCUGUCCUCUUCCUUUCACCAACCUGCCCCCUGAUAUUAUUGAAAUGAAGGUGAAGGACGGGAGCAAAAUCAGAAAUCUGAUGGGCUAUGCCAUCGGCAAGAUGGAGCUGGACUCAGUGAGGCAGAUGCUUUUCACUGGCUCAGGCAAGGCCGUCAGCAAGACCAUUACCUGCGUGGAAAUCAUGAAACGAAGGCUGAAGGAGCUGCACCAGAUCACCAAAGUGCUCUUCAAACAGAUCGAAGAGAUCUGGGAACCCAUUGUGCCUGAGGCAGGUCUUGAUACCUUGACAGUGAAGAGAAACAUUCCUGCCAUAUGUGUCCUACUCAGCAAAGAUGCCCUUGAUCCUCGGGAGCCGGGAUACCAGGCUCCGGGCUCUUUUGACGCCUUUUGGAUUGAGACACUGAAAGCAGAGUCGCAGAGCCAAGUGAAAAGGAAGCAGGGUGGAGGCAGGGGAGCUGGCAGCACAGGAAAGCACCCUCGGCCCGCUGGAGGAGGGCCUGGGGAAUCCUGCGCCAAGUCCUGA